GGAAAGGAGGCAGGCUAGUGCGUUUUCCUCGCAAACGGCGCCAUUUUGUGUUCGGAACUGCCGCAGCGACUGCUGUGUGUGGUGAGGUGGGCAGCGAAGACAGGGCACCCAGGAUGGCAGAGGCUCUGUCAGUGGCGGGCGAUUCGGGAUCUGGCUCGGCGGGUCUCGGCUCCGGCUCUUCGGAGACCGGGACCCGGAGGCUAAGCGAUCUGCGAGUGAUCGACCUCCGGGCCGAGCUGAAGAAGCGGAACCUGGACACCGGCGGCAACAAGAGUGUCCUGAUGGACCGACUCAAGAAGGCUAUUGAGGAAGAAGGGGGUGAUCCUGAUGAAAUUGAGAUUGCAUCAGAAGCUACCAGCAAGAAAAUUGCAAAGAGGUGUAUGAAAGGGCGUAAGCCAGAGGAAGAGGGUGCUGAAGAUAAUGGACUAGAGGAAGAUUCUGGAGAUGGACAGGAGGACAAUGAAACAAGUUUGGAUAACUUGCAGGAUAUAGACAUGAUGGAUAUUAGUGUGUUAGAUGAGACUGAAAUAGAUAAUGGCAGUGCUGCUGACUGUGGUGAAGACUACAGUGCUGAUAAUAUUCUUGACUCCUUGUCUGAUAGUAAAGAAAAUGCUGAUGCAGAAUUGAAACAACUUCCAGAUCAGCUUACAGAACAUACUGUGACUGGAGAAGGAGUUGGAAACAAUUUGGAUGCUUCAUCAUCAGACUUCACUAUAAUACAGUGUGUGGAAGAACCACCCUUGGAGCCAGAAAAUGAGAAAAUACUCGACAUUUUGGGGGAAACUUGUAAGUCUGACCCACUAAAAGAAGAAGGUUCCGACCUGGAGCAGCCAUUUUCACAGGAUGCAAGUAGCGUGGGGCCAAACAAAAAGCUUGCAGAGGAAGAGGACAAUUUUGUCACCGCUCAUCCAGAGGAGGAUGCAUUAGAUUUGGACAGCGAGUCAACACAAGCAAUUGCCAGGAAGGCAGAAAAGCACUCAGAUAUAGUGAAAAGGGAGAAAAGCGAGCAGAAAGUAGAUGAAGAGAAAAUGGACUCUGACACUGUAGUGGUAGAGAACCUAACUGAUCAGAGUAGCAGAGCAUCAGAAAAUGCAGAAGCUUCUAGCGAGGAAGCCCAGGAAACGCCAGAGAAAGCCUCAAGCCCUGAAACCAAAGAUAGCAAAGAAGACGUUAAGAAAAGUGAAGAUGAAGCUAAUAACGAAGAUUCAUCUGCUACUAAAGAGUCCUCUACCAAUGAGGGCGGUGAUCAGAAAAUGAGCUCUGUUGAGGACGACACAGAUAUAAAACCAACCUUGAAGGAUGACAGAGGUCGUGCUAGUAGCAGUUCUGGUAGGAAUUUGUGGGUUAGUGGACUCUCUUCAACUACCAGAGCCACAGACUUGAAGAACCUUUUCAGCAAAUAUGGAAAGGUUGUUGGAGCCAAAGUGGUAACUAAUGCUCGUAGUCCAGGGGCACGGUGUUAUGGUUUUGUUACGAUGUCAACAUCUGAUGAAGCCACAAAGUGUAUUAACCACCUUCACCGAACAGAAUUACAUGGAAGAAUGAUCUCAGUAGAAAAAGCCAAAAAUGAGCCUGCUGGGAAGAAACCUUCUGACCGCAAAGACUGUGAAAUAAAAAAGGAAAAAUCAGGCAGCGGGGAAAGACAUCAUUCCACUGACUCCCGGCCUGAAAGAACUGUGAUUAAGAGUGAGAAAAAGGAUGAUAAGAGGUCUGAAGACAGGAGGGAUGAAAAAGACCCUGAUGAACUGAAACCUGGGUCAGCAGAUCGUUCUAGAGCCACCAAAUCAGGAAGCAGAGGGACAGAACGGACAGUUGUAAUGGACAAGUCAAAGGGGGAGCCUGUCAUUAGUGUGAAAACCACAACCAGGUCUAAAGAUCGGAGCUCUAAAAGUCAGGAUCGAAAAUCAGAAAGCAAAGAAAAGAGAGACAUUUUGUCAUUCGAUAAGAUCAAAGAACAACGGGAGCGGGAACGGCAAAGGCAACGAGAACGAGAAAUCAGGGAAACUGAAAGGCGGAGAGAACGAGAGCAGCGGGAGCGGGAGCAGCGAAUCGAUGCCUUCCGAGAACGAAAAGAGAAAGCCAGGCUGCAGCGGGAACGUGUGAGGCUCGAGUGUCAGAGGCAGCGGCUUGAACGAGAGCGAAUGGAGAGAGAGAGACUAGAGAGGGAGAGAAUUCGUGUGGAGCAAGAAAGGAGGAAAGAGCAGGAACGGAUCCAUAGGGAGAGAGAGGAGCUUCGGCGCCAGCAGGAGCAGUUACGCUAUGAACAGGAGCGGAGGCCUGCUCUGAGAAGACCUUAUGAUGUAGAUUCAAGACGAGAGGAAUAUUGGCCAGAAGGAAAACGAGCUGCUCUCGAUGACAGAUACCGAUCUGAGUUCAGCCGACAAGAUCGUUUUCAUGAUUUUGACCACAGGGACCGGAGCCGGUACCAGGACCACUCAGUAGACAGGAGGGAAGGUUCAAGGUCAGUCAUGGGAGAAAGAGAUGGGCAGCACUAUGCAGAUGAUCGCCAUGGAGGACCAGAGCGCCACGGACGGGACUCACGAGAUGGGUGGGGCAGCUAUGGUUCUGACAAGAGAAUGAGUGAAGGAAGGGGACUGCCACCUCCACCACCCAGGGGUGGCCGUGAGUGGGGAGAUCACACCCAAAGGAUAGAAGAUCAUCAGGAUCGGUCUUGGCAGGGCAGCGUGGACGGAGGAAUGAUGGGCCGAGAUCAUGAGAGGUGGCAAGGUGGUGAGAGAGGCAUGUCUGGUCACUCAGGACCAGGCCACAUGGUGAAUCGGGGAGGAAUGUCGGGGCGUGGCGGCUUUGCGCAAGGUGGAAACUCCCAGGGCCACGUGAUGCAGGGUGGUGCAAUGCAAGGCAGAGGAUUUGGAGGACAGGACAGAGCCAACCGAGGCAGUCACCCUCACUUCACCCGCCGAUACUAAGUAGUAACUUGUUGUUUUGGUGUUAGGUGGCGGCAGUAUUGAGUUCUUUUAGCCAGGGUUCCCUUGGACUUGUGGGUCUUUUUUUUUUAAACUCUGCCCCCAUAUUGUAGCUCAAUACAAUGUGAACUUAUUUGGGUUUUUUUGUAAUAAAUGUGUUUUUGUUCAUACCA